AAUGUUUCCUCUUGUUAUCGGUCUUUAUUCAAUAUGGCGAAAUAAAGCAUUUGUAAAUAAAACUAUCUUUUAAACCAUGGAAGAUAAAAAACUAAUAGAAAUAUAUGAACAGCAAUUUUCUAAUUGUACGGCAGAAAUAACCAGUAAAAUAACGCAGCUUCAAGCCGUUAGCGGCUAUAACAGACAAAAUGCUAUUUUAGCAAUCGAAAGGUUAAUAGAUGAGUGCAAAGAACUGUUAGAGCAAAUGGAAUUGGAGAUACGCGGUGCAGGGAAGGAUUCACGGGACAUUUAUCAAAGCAGGUUGAAAGCGUAUAAAGCAGAGCUGGACAGACAAGAAAAAGAUUUUAAACAAUCCGUUAUAGUAAUUGGAACUGAGGCGACAAACAGAGAUGAGUUGUUCUUUAAUGGAAGUGAUGUCUUUGUACCUGAUGAACAAAAACAAAAAUUAUUAGACAACAGCCAUAAGUUGGAACGAACUGGAUCCAAAAUCACAGGAGGAUAUAGGACAGUAUUAGAAACGGAGGAAAUUGGUAAAAACAUUUUAAAUGACCUAGGGUCUCAAAGAGAAACCCUGCAAAGAUCUCGAAAUAGGGUAUACGAGAUUGACGGAAAUUUAGGAAAGAGCUCAAGAAUCCUAUCAAGUGAAAACUGCAGAAUAGUCCAGAACAAAAUUUUACUCGUUAUUGUUGGCAUCAUAAUGAUAGGAUUAAUUUUUUGUGUAUUGUAUCUUACUAUUCGACGAAGAUCCUGA